CGGCGAGUGGUGGAAAGCUAAUCUUAUCAGCGAUUAUUAGCGGACGAUGGGCGUCCAGAUAACGGUUUGGUAUAAAAUACCGGGCCGGCUAACUGAUAGGCAAACCCAACUAGUCAAGUUUUUUCACUUUUCUCGAGAAAUCCGCAGAGUAAUAGAAAGAGAAAUGGGAGCACCAGGUGGACCACCCGAUGGACCCGAUGGAAAGGGAGGACAGCACGGUGGACCAAAUGACGGUCCCGGAGGCCACGGAGGCCAGGGAGGCCAUGGAGGUCAGGGAGGUCACGGAGGACCUAACGAUGGUCCCGGAGGACAGGGAGGACACGGUGGCCCACACUAACGAGUCCGCGAAAGAAGAGCAGAUCGUCUCAAUGCUUGAAUAAUAGUUGGCCGCAUUUCUCAUUGUUGUUGGCCGAUAUGGACAUUUUUGAUGAAUAAACAUUUUUGUAUUGUACAGAA